CAUCAGGCGUUCGAUUUAGACACCUAAACAAACAGCAACACAGCACAACGAGCUCCAGGAAGAUAAGUGGUUGAAAGGAGUGUAAUGACAUCAUCAAACUACGUCUUAGGAGCGACAAGUCCCGAAAAAACUUGCAAGUGGUCUAUUCGCGCCUAGUGUCGGCUGGGAGGUUGGCCAUGCUGGAUAGUGGGGGCUUGGGAAAUAGAGUAGAGCAGAGACGAGAAGGAGGAGAAGGAAGGGAAUUGGUUUAUCUUCAGAGAUCGCCCUGUAGUGGUCGGUCUUGUCCUUACAGGAGGGUGGCUCAGCCAUGGUGUGGUUCCCAGUACAGAGGCUUAUCCCAGCUGUAAGGGGCAUGUGCAGCUUUUCAGGCUGCAAGUUCUGUUUCCUUCGGAAACUGUCCAUCCAACCUGUCCAACAGAGGAAGAUUCCAAACCGGUACCUAGGCCAACCGAGUCCUUUCACACACCCACACCUUCUCAAAUCAGGGGAAGUAACACCAGGGUUGUCGCAGGUGGAAUAUGCUCUCCGUAGGCACAAGCUGAUGGCUCAGAUACACAAAGAAGUGGAAGAGAUGGACCACACAGUGAUUCUACUAUCCAAUCCCACCUACUACAUGAGCAACGAUAUUCCAUACACCUUCCACCAGGACACCAACUUCCUAUACCUGUGCGGAUUCCAGGAGCCUGACAGCAUCCUAGUGCUGCAGAGUGUGCCUGGCAAACCCUUGCCAUCUCACAAAGCCCUGCUGUUUGUCCCACGACGGGACCCAAGCAGAGAGCUCUGGGAUGGGCCACGGUCUGGUACUGAUGGGGCAGUAGCUCUCACGGGUGUGAAUGAAGCAUAUCCCAUAGAGGAGUUUAGACACUUGGUGUCUAAACUGAAAGAUGAAUCUAGUAUGGUUUGGUAUGAUGUUGCUAAACCAGUGCAUUCACAGCUUCAUUCUGAUUACCUGUUGCACCUGGCAGAGGUCAAGGCUAGAAGUAAAAACCGUAUCCGAGCUGUCAGACACCUAGUGGAAAAUCUUCGGCUGAUUAAAUCUUCUGCAGAGAUUGAGAGAAUGAAGAUUGCUGGCAAGAUGACAUCUCAGGCAUUUAUAGAGACAAUGUUUGCAAGCAAAGCUCCAGUGGAUGAAGCCUUUCUUUAUGCAAAGUUUGAAUUUGAGUGCCGGGCUCGUGGUGCAGACAUUUUGGCUUAUCCCCCUGUUGUUGCUGGUGGCAACAGGUCCAACACCUUGCAUUAUGUGAAAAACAAUCAGCUCAUCAAGGAUGGAGAAAUGGUUCUACUGGAUGGGGGAUGCGAGUUCUCCUGUUAUGUAAGUGACAUCACCCGCACCUGGCCCAUCAAUGGCAGGUUCACUGGUCCCCAAGCAGAGCUGUACCAAGCUGUUCUGGAAGUACAAAAGGCCUGCCUGAGGCUCUGCUCUCCAGGUGUGAGCCUAGAGAACAUCUACAGUCUCAUGCUGACCUUGAUUGGACAGAAGCUGAAAGAUUUGGGAAUCCUACAGAAAAGCACUUCCGAAAACCAUCUUUUUAAGGCUGUCCGGAAAUACUGCCCACAUCACGUAGGACAUUAUCUGGGAAUGGAUGUUCAUGACACACCUGAUGUAUCACGAUCAAUUCCCCUGCAGCCAGGCAUGGUGAUCACCAUCGAGCCAGGUAUCUACAUCCCUGAGGAUGACAUAAAUGCCCCUGAAAGAUUCCGUGGCAUUGGUAUACGUAUAGAGGACGAUGUUGUAGUGACAGAGAACGCGCCCUUGAUUCUUUCGGCAGACUGCCCAAAGGAGCUCUAUGACAUUGAACAAGUCUGUGGCUGCAGCCCUUGACCUCUCAUCAUGGCCUUCUACACAUUGCUCAGGUACAAAUCAGGAAAUACACUCUUUUGGACACAAUGCAGUCCUUUAUAGACUUUAUAAUGUCAUUAGAGGAUGUCUGGUGCGAUGAGUGGAGUUGGAAAAACAUUACCUGCAGGGCAUUAAGAGUGUAAAUACCUUGGACAAGAAGAACGUUAUAUUAAAGAUGAGGGUAAUGUGGUUACAUAUUUGACAAGUUUUCUAAUUUAAUGCUAAAGAAUUGGAUGCAGUAGCUGGAUUCCACACAGAACACCAUACUGUCUGGGCUAUUUUUGUCCUCACGUGUAUUGUAAAAUAACCUGGCUUAUUACUAGUAGCGAUACAUUGAACAAUGGCCUGGUUGCUCCUUACAGUUUUUCAGAUCAGCGGGAGCAGGUCUGCAUUUCAGCUGUCAUGAAGAUUACCUUCAAUUUCAGAGGCAUAAAAGAAUUUUCUCUCUCCCCCACCUCCCUUUACAAAAGGUGAUAUGUUCAAGAAACCAGUGCAGAUGUUCUAGCUGCUUAAUGGAGGUCACAGGACCAAGGGACAAAACCUACAUGUUGGAAGUUGCUUCUCUUUUUAAGGUCAAGGGAAUGCUUUUUAACAUUAGGGAAUACAUUGAUGUCAGAAGGGAUUUGUGCUAUGUCUGCAAAAAGCACAAAGUAUCUCUCUCAUAUGCAGAAUUAGGCACCCCUCAAUCCUUUGAAUCAUAUUCUAGUGAUGUGAGUGGAAGGAAGCUAAUGUAGACAAACUUCCCUUGCCUGUCCUCAGAAUAUCAGCCCCUAUACACCCCCAAAAAAUCCACUCCUGAGGAUCAGGGACCCUCCAAAACAGGAUUGUAUGGGGUGCAGAGUGAUGUGGGAAAAUCAGUGAUAAUCUUACACACACACACACACACACACAGAAGUGCCUUCUGUUUGUACAUGGGGUACUUUGAAUGUAAUCCAUUGACUGUAAUGGUCUUAGGAGCACCUAACUUUGCAAAGGAUUGAAAUAUUAGGUCAGUAAUAGACCCAGUUUUAGAUUUAUAAACUAAUGUGGUUGAGUCUGAUUAGAUUCAGAAUAUUUGCCACUGGGUUUGGAUUACUUUUUAUUCUAUGGCUUCACAUUUUCAGCUUUCCAAUUUUCUUUCUCUUCAGCCUUUUCCAUAUUGCUUUGGCAUGGACAAUUUAGGACUGUUUUUAACUUUGCAUUUUGCAUUAGGGUGCAGAUAUCCAAGUACAAAAUAUAUAGUUCUUGUCCAUGCCUGUUUUUAUUGCAACUCUCCUUGACAAAAUACAUGGAAGCAGAAACCAGGAAAAGAUCAAGCCUGCAUUUCCGUAUAUUUUUCUGGGAAAUGCAGCAAUUCAAACAUGAAUUUAUCAUUCUGAACUGGUGCAAGACAAGUUAUUUUGUCCUUGAGUAUUCAUACCUAAUUCCAAAAUGUAAAGUGCAGUGUGGUCCUUAGACAAAUGUGUCUCCACCCCCUUAUUGGGGUUUAGAAAUUUCUUCUUCCUCACCUUACAACAAAUGUUUUUGCUUCAUUUUCUAAUAACACAAUGAAUAGGAGAAUGGGCUACUCUCUCUGCCAGUAGGAACACAAGGAUGAAAACAGACACCAACCUGAAUGAAAUAGAAGCUUGGUAUUGCUUUUGUUAGAAGAUGAUAAUUCUUUUGUCAUGGAAUUUUUUUGUAAUGGAGGAAAUGUUACGGAACAAUCCAGCAGUAAGACUUUGUGAAGCACUUUUGUGAUCUCUGAAUGAGAACUAUUAUAUUUGUACAGAGUAAUAUUGUAUAUAUAUAUUUCUAUAUAAUAUACAGUAUAUUUUAUUCUGCUUAAUACCAAAAAUAAUUCUGUAUCAAUAAAGGUAUCAUCUUUAAAAUAAAACAAAACAGCUUUACAACUCAGAUUGUAGGAUUGCCCAUCAAGAAGCUUUUGCCCAUCUGCAACCUUCUUCUUGUGAUAACACUGUUCACAUGGGGAGUUUCUGCCUUUCCACCAGUAGCAGCUACUGAAGGUAUAAACAUUUUUAAAUAUUCUGAUCUAUGAUGAGUAUGUACAGAUAUCUAUUAUUUUAAAAGAUCAGCGCAACUAGAUUUUAGCAUUAGGUUUUAUUUUAAAAAGAAGGAUCUUAAGAGUCAAGAGGUACAGUUUCAAGGUACCCCUUUGUAAGUUAGUAGCACAUAACACACAGUAAUCUCUUUGAGUUAUAGUACAUCUCUGUACCAGUCUGAGGCUAAGUUAUAGGCAGCUCAUGUUUCUUCUGUCAUGCUAACAUGCUCACCUGCUGACAUAUGAUAAUUUUAUUUAUUACCGGCUACUGUGAGAUGAGUGGGUAGAGAACAGAAAAGGCAUGGAGAGUUUCAUUCCCCCGCCCCCAUUUGAGAACUAACUCUAUUGGCAGCAUAUAAAAUAAAUGGUAAAUGGUAAAGAUACUGCUUGGCUCAGGCUGUGUAUCCUUUUGGUCCUUUUGGCAUACACCAACUGGAGGAGGAGGAUGUGGUAGAAUUCUGUCCCUAAAACUUUUGCACUUUGGGAAAAAUCUUGGUACUAGUCCAUUAGAAACUCUUUAUAGAAAAGCAUAGCCCUCCAGCAUAAAUAGACUGAGCAAAAUGUCAGGGUUUUAAUUAGUUAGAAUCAGUGGUGGCCAAGACUAUGGAGGGGGGUGGGGAUGGAGGAAAUGGCUGUCCCACCUUUACCUUCCCCCAGUUUUUAAUUGAGCCAAGCAGGCUGAUUAUGUGGUAGGUUGGAAUGCCCAGAAAAUGACCACCCAAUGCAACUCAACCCAGUGAUUGGCCAGCCUUUGUGGCUCCAGUUAAACCUGGGGCAGGGCAAGCAGACAGAGAGGCAGCCAUGGUGAGACAGGAAAAGAGGGAGGAGAGAGGUAUGCAGCUGUGGCCGGUUCUGUACCUGCCCAGUAGUAUGGCCACCGCUGGUAGGAAUAAAAUCAUUUUCAUAGGGAAGGGAGGGGUGUUUUGAGAGCUAGGUUUUUGUUCCAUUUGCCCCAAAUAUUGCAUUAUUCCUGUUUUUGUUGCAAAGCCUAAUUUUUUUUUCCAGUGGCUGACAUCCAGAGCAAAGAAGCACCAGUGCAGCGAAAGAAGCAAACAGCACUUUCAAACAAACUGCACUGGUGUAUCUGUGGUCAUUUUGGACAGCCUCCCCUUCCCCAGGAAUCCCUCUGUGCCACCCAAAAAUAUGUCAGAGGGCUGCAUAGUUAGUUUGGAAGUGCUGUUAUUCUGUUCCUCUCACUACAUCAGUACUUUCUUGCUCUGGAUGUCAGCCAGUAUACUAUACAGGGGUGGGCAGAUGUCAGGCUUCUGGAUUCUAUUUGGUUUAGAAACAAAAGGUCCACCAACUAGAGUCAGGUGCAGAGUGGGAGUGGGAGCAGCCAGAUGCAAAAUGAUGGUGCAGGGGAAGAACUAAUUACCUACUGCAUCCUAUGAGCCAUAUGCUGAGAUGUCCUGCAUCUAAAAAUCUAAAUCUGAGCUACUACAGAUCACUUGGUCAAAAGUAACCAAUUAGUACUUAUAUUUUCUGGUCGAUGAAUACUGAGCCUGAGAGAUAAGUGACUAACACGAGGACAACUAUGGCAAAGAGCUUUUGAUUACUUUCAGUGUUAAUUGCUAUUAUUAAACUACUGAGGGCUAAAAAUGUUGCUGUUCUUCUGCGAAUCACCCAGAGAUCUACCAGUAGAUCCUGAUCAAGCACCUGCCUACCCCAAACUAGAAGACUUAACAGGAUGGCUUAGUUUUAUUACUUGGAUCAUAUUAUAUGUAAAUUAGUGCCACAUCCAUCAUGAGAGCAAGAGGCACCGUGAAUGGUCUGGGAGCAUCUGAAGUUGCGGCGCUGCUGAAGCUAAGCAGAUGUGGAUCGGUUCAGCCCUAAGAAUGGGAGAGCACUGGGUGCUUUGUGUGUUAGUAGACUAUAAUAUAUCAAACAUGGUUUUUUAAAACAGUGACAAAUAAAUGUACAUUUUGUCUCCAUUUUAAUCAUUUCAAACCCACAGUAUUCGUAUCACAGAGAAGGCCAAAAAACAGGGGUGGGGGGAGUGUUAACACUUUUAACACCAGAAUAGAUGAAACCAUUGAAAUGAAUUCAUUGAUCAUGAAUGAACCCAUUGAGAGCAAUAGUAGGAAUCCUGUAAGUUUCAGGAGGGUUUUGUUUUUGCUGGAGUUACUGCACACAUGUACAUUAGCAAACAGUUUAAUCUAGCUGACGAUACAUGUUUAAACUCUGAGUUGGAUCUGCAUUCUCCCUUGGAGGCUUAGUUAACAAAGGUCCUACUUCAUUAACUGCAGUUUCUACAAAGCUUUGUUCAAGAGCUUGAAAAUUAUUUUCUAUAAACAAAUGUUGAAGUAUGUAUUUUUUACAAGAGAGAGAUAAUAGCUCUCUUCAGAUGUUAUGAGCACCCCAAGCACCCACGGAUACAACGGGCAAAAGUGGAGAGGAAGUCCUGCUGCCCUGCUGUCAAUCACCCCUUUGUGCCAAUUAUCAUGGUUACCGUGCCAUUUGAAGAAGGUGUUGUUGUAGUAAGUGUGAUAGUAGCAAAUCUGUGAGUGGCUACUCACGGAUUUGCCGCAAUCAUGCUUACGGUGCUACCUACUUCAGAUUAAUGGUGCCGUAACCAUGAUUGUCAGUGUGCAGGGGUGAUUGACAGUGGAUGGCUUUUGCCUACUGUUACUGUGAGCAAUCUGGGGCGUGCAUAAUGUCUGAAGAGGGCUAAAGACAUAAUACAAUCUCUGUUGUAUGAGAUUCUUUAAAGAAGCUUAGCCCCUUUCUAUUGGAUAUUUUUAGUGCUAAUGUCUAUGCGUGUCAUUUUUGUUGUCUUAAAAGCAGAAAAGGACCUGCUUCGGACUUUAAAAUUAUUGCUAAUGGUCCAUGUUCCCUCUAACAGGGAUUCCCAGAUGUUGUUGACUGCAACUCCCAGAAUCCCCAAGCAAAGCUAUUAUACCUGGGGAUUCUGGGAGUCAUCUGGAAAUCCAUGUUCUUCGACGUAGUCUCUGUGCUUUAUACGAAUGGGCGCAAAGCCCAUUCGUGUAAGAGCACAGAUGACCACUAGAAGAACCAAGUUACAGGUAAGCAACCUGUCGUUCUUCAACGUGGUCUCUGUGCUUUACACAAAUGGACUUUGCGCCCAUUCAUGUAAGAGCACAGAUGACCACUAGAAGAACCCAAGUUACAGGGAAGCAACCUGUCGUUCUUCAACGUGGUCUCUGUGCUUUACACAAAUGGGCUUUGCGCCCGUUCGUGUAAGAGCACAGAUGUCCACUAGAAGAACCCAAGUUACAGGGAAGCAACCUGUCGUUAGAGGGAACUGGUACUCUCUUUUGUAUGCAAGGUUUGUGAAAUGUACACCUCUUUUAUCUGACUAAAACACUGUUACUUUUCCUUAGGCUAUCCUAUCUCCUGUUUAAGUCACAACAUUCAGAACAAAUCUUAGAUGCCAAUAAACGAAUUGUUGUAAUAUCA